CUUCAGUUACAGUGGGAAGUGAUGGGCGAUGGACUGCCUUUGGACGUUGAGAGGAAAGUUUAGGGGUCGCGGUGUCAGCCUUCAGGCUUCUUCAGGCGGCGGCAGCUGCUAGGCCUGAAACAACAGAGUGGUAUCCCCGGCCUGGACGCCUCCGUCCCCUUCCCCCCACCUGCUGGCGCUUCGGGCUCCGGUGCGAUGCUGGCCGUGGCUUCUGACCCCGGGCUGGAUGGAGCCCGCCGCCGCCCCGAGCCCCGGCGCGGACGCCGCCGGCCCAGAUGCAUGGCAUCCAGGAGAAAGAUGUCUUGCCCCUUCGCCAUAUAACGAAAAACUUUGUGAGGCAAGCAUAAAAUCUAUCACAGUGGAUGAAAGUGGGAAGUCAUUUGCAGUUGUCUUAUAUUCAGAUUUUCAAGAAAGGAAAGUACCACUUAAAAGACUUCAAGAAAUAAGAUCUAUUAAAGAUUGCCCCAAGAAUUUUAUAUUUGACAAUGAAGAUUUGGAAAAACCAUAUUUUCCAGACAGAAAAUGUCCUUUAUCUGCUAAUGCUUUUAAAUUAUCUAAAGAUGGAGAUGCUAUUCCUUAUACUAUUAAUAGAUAUUUGCGAGAAUACCAACGAGAAGGAGCGCAGUUUCUCUAUAAGCACUAUAUUCAAGGAAGAGGUUGUAUUCUUGGUGAUGACAUGGGUCUUGGAAAAACAAUACAGGUUAUUUCCUUUCUGGCUGCAGUUCUGCAUAAAAAGGGAACUCGUGAAGAUAUUGAAAAUAACAUGCCAGAGUUUUUACUGAGAUGUAUGAGGAAAGAACCAACUUCUACGGCAAAAAAGAUGUUUUUAAUAGUUGCUCCUCUUUCUGUCCUCUACAACUGGAAGGAUGAAUUGGAUACCUGGGGCUAUUUCAGAGUCACUAUUUUACAUGGUAACAAAAAGGACAAUGAAUUACUUCGUGUAAGGCAGAGGAAAUGUGAAAUUGCUCUAACAACAUAUGAAACACUGCGCUUAUGUCUGGAUGAACUCAACAGUUUGGAAUGGUCAGCCAUCAUUGUGGAUGAAGCUCAUAGAAUCAAGAAUCCAAAGGCGAGAGUAACAGAAGCCAUGAAAGCUUUGAAGUGUAACGUCCGCAUUGGCCUCACUGGGACCAUCCUUCAGAACAACAUGAAGGAACUCUGGUGUGUUAUGGACUGGGCUGUGCCAGGACUUUUAGGUAGCAGGAAUCACUUCCAGAAGCAGUUUUCUGACCCAGUAGAACAUGGUCAGAGGCACACAGCAACAAAAAGAGAACUAGCCACUGGCCGAAGGGCCAUGCGAAGGCUUGCAGCAAGGAUGUCUGGCUGGCUUCUCAGGCGCACCAAGAUGCUCAUCAGUGGUCAGUUGCCAAAGAAAGAAGAUCGGAUGGUUUAUUGUUCUCUGACAGAUUUCCAGAAAGCAGUCUAUCAAACAGUAUUAGAAACAGAAGAUGUGACUUUGAUUCUUCAGUCUUCUAAGCCUUGUACCUGUAACAGUGGCCGGAAGAGACGAAACUGUUGUUAUAAGACUAAUUCACAUGGAGAAACAGUGAAGACCUUGUAUCUCAGCUACCUUACAGUCCUUCAGAAGGUAGCAAACCACGUUGCACUGCUGCAGGCCACUAGCACCUCCAGACAACAGGAAACACUUACCAAAAGGAUAUGUGAUCAGGUAUUUUCCAGAUUCCCAGAUUUUGUUCAGAAGAGCAAAGAUGCAGCCUUUGAAACACUUUCUGAUCCUAAAUACAGUGGAAAAAUGAAGGUCCUUCAACAGCUUUUAAAUCAUUUCAGGAAAAACAAAGAUAAGGUUCUUCUCUUCUCCUUUUCAACCAAGUUGCUCGAUGUGCUGCAGCAGUACUGUAUGGCAUCAGGGCUCGAUUACCGGCGACUUGAUGGAAGUACAAAGUCAGAGGAGAGACUCAGGAUCGUGAAAGAGUUCAACAGCACACAAGAUGUUAACAUUUGCCUUGUCUCGACAAUGGCUGGUGGACUAGGCCUCAAUUUUGUUGGUGCCAAUGUUGUUAUAUUAUUUGAUCCUACUUGGAAUCCAGCCAAUGAUCUUCAAGCCAUUGACAGAGCAUAUAGGAUUGGACAGUGCAGAGAUGUCAGAGUGUUUAGGCUGAUAUCCUUGGGAACUGUGGAGGAGAUCAUGUACUUACGGCAGGUGUACAAGCAGCAACUUCACUGUGUGGUGGUUGGAAGUGAAAAUGCCAAACGAUACUUUGAAGCAGUUCAAGGAUCAAAAGAGCACCGAGGAGAGCUUUUUGGGGCCUAUAACCUCUUCACACUAAGAUCUCAAGGAUCUUGUCUUACAAGGGACAUCUUGGAGAGGGAAGGUCAAGUAGAAGCAGGGAUUAUGACAGCCACAACAUGGUUGAAAGAAGGACCUCCAGCACAAGAACUAAAAACACCCAAAGAGCCUGGCUGUGAAGAACCCGGAGAACAACAAGUACCAGCAGCAGGAAGUGAACUGUACAGUGACCUUAGUGCUGAAGAGUCUGUGAAAACCCCAAGAAUAAAGACCACUAAACGCAAAGUAUCUGACUCAAGCAAAGCUUCAGCUUUUUCAGGACAGCCUACCUUAUUCCAGUGUGGUUUCUCUAAAUUAUUUGAGGCAACAUGUAAAGCCGUUAAGGCAAGCGAUGGACAUUCUGCCUCUGGGGAGGAGAGUUCAGAUGAGCAGCCCACGUGCCUCAUCACAGAAGCCAAAGACAUUGGUUCUCAGCAGACUCAGGUAGCUGUUGGUACUUCAGAGCAUCAGCAACCAGAAGGCAUCCCAAGUUCCAUUGAAAAAUGUGUUUUGGAUAAAAGAGAGAUUUUAGGGCAAAUUAUUUCUUCUGAGUCUAAUGAUGAGAAAAAUUUUGAAACUACAGCUGAACAUCAUUGCAUUUUACAGAAUGACAUAGAAUCAGAAGAUAGUGAUAUCAUCUUUCCCACACAGUAUACAACUCAAAGAGUCCCUACUAAUAAUCGCAUAAGGUUUAUGCUACCCUUAAAUGGAGCUGAAGAUUCUCACACAGAAAAUCCUGUAAAAGUAAAUAACAGUUAUGGUAGAAGGAUUGAUGAUACAGGAAAUGGAUUAAUUUCAAAAAUCUCAAGUCUUGAAGGCAUGACCCUAAAGUCUAGGAAAAGAAAAAGCACUGGUGAUAUUAGUGAUGAAUCUGAUGACAUUGACAUUUCCCCCAAGUUAAGAAUAAGAAGGCAAAGUUCAUUGAAGUUUAAGAGCAAAAAAGAAAAAAGGAAACUUUAUAGUUUUCCAAGGACAUUAAAGAAAACAUAUCCACUCUGUAUAACAAAUGAAGAUUGUAACUCUCAGCUUAUUGAUGAAUUUUCAUCCUCAGAUGAUGAUGAUGAUGUGUCUGCUCGCCACUUCCAUUUCUCUAAACAGAGUCAUAGAGCAAGAGCUAUAAAAGACAAAAGCAGCUGCUCUUUAAAAUUACCUAGUUGUGAUAAAAAUAGCACUUUCAUACUAAGAAAACAAAUGAAAUUUUCAAAUGAGAAAGUUGUUCGUCAGGAACAGAUAUGUGAAUCAAUGGAUAAGCUUUUAGGUGGUGUUCAGGAAGUGGCUUAUGUUCACUCAAACCAGAAUGUGAUUGGAUCAAGCAAAGCUGAAAACCACAUGAGCCGAUGGGCUGCACGUGAUGUAUUUGAGUUGCAACAGUUUUCCCAGCUUCCUGCUAACAUAGCUGUUUGCAGUUCUAAGCCGUCUGAAGAAAAAGUGAAGGUGGAUACAGUGCCACACAGAAAGACAGAGCAGCCAUCGAAUGAAGAAGGCGUCUCAUUUCCCCUUUACAUUUCACACCCUGUAAGCCAAAAGAUGAAGAAAGUCCACCGUACAAACCAAACUACAUUCAUAAUUGGAGAAACACCAAAAGGCAUCCGCAGGCCACAGAGGAGACACUUCUGCUUCUGAAGCUGCAACACAAGUCAACCUCAGUGAAAAACUACAAGCCACUAAAAUAACCAUGCUAAUGGACCGAAUGCUUGUCUCAUAUAAUAAAGCCCUGAUCACCAUUGUGAUGGUAUUUGGAGGUAAGGUCUUGAAAUGUAAUUAGGGUAUGAGGAUGAGGCUCUCAAGACAGGAUUAGUGGCCUGAUUAGAAGAGAUGCACUAGCUCUCUCUCCACCAUGUGAAGGUCUACAGAAAAUGGGCCCAUCACCAGAUACCUACUCUCCUUACAGUUUGGUCUCAGACUUGUGAGCCUUCAGAAUUAUGAAAAAUAAAUUCCUGUUUUGAAAACUACCCAGUCUGUGAUAUUUGUGAUACCAGCCAGAUCUGACUAAGACAAUCAGUAAAAAAAAAUGGUUGAAUAAAUCAUAUAACCACACAAUGGAAUACAAUAUAGCCACUUUAAAGAAUAAUUUGGAAUUGGCCAUAUGCUAACUGGAAAUUAUCUCUAAUAUGUAGUAGGCAAAACCAGCAAGGGCCAGAUUGUCAG